AUGAAGUCCACCGUUGCUCUUCUCUCGCUCGCCGCCGGCGUCAUCGCCGAUGGUGUCACUUCGGCUAUCGCCCCAAAGUCCUCGGCCCCCGCUGGCUGUGACGGGUCCGUCCAGGACAAGUUCGAGGUCACUGUGGUCGUUGUCAAGAACGAGAAGCGUGACCGGCCUUCCACCAUAUUCCAUAUGCCAUGGCCAUAUACUGACUGGAACCGGCGCCAGUACAUGAAGCGCAGCACUUGCUCUAGCAACGGUGCCCUGCUCCUGACCCUGGCCGACGGUGUCCUGACCGAUGCUAAGGGCCGGACUGGUUACAUUGCCUCCAACUACCAAUUCCAAUUCGACGGCCCGCCGCAGGCUGGUGCCAUCUACACGGCCGGUUUCUCCGUCUGCGGCAACGAAUCGCUCGCUCUGGGCGGCUCGACGCAGUGGUGGCAGUGCAAGUCGGGCGACUUCUACAACCUCUACGACCGCAACUGGGCCCCCCAGUGCGAGGCGGUCGAGAUCGUUGCCAUGCCGUGCGGCGGUAGCGGUCCCAACGCAGCCGAGUCCAACGACGGCCAGGUUGUUGCUACGCAGGUCAUCACCACGACGAUUGUGAAGCCCAUUUCCGACGGCCAGCCGCAGGUCAUCACCACCACAAUCCCCGUCCCCAUUUGCCAGAUUAACGACGGUCAAGUCCAGGGCCACACCACCCCCUGCGCCGAGAUUUCCGCAGCUACGACCGCGGCGAACCCCAACACUGGUGUCCCUGUCAGCCAGUUCUCGGAUGGCCAGAUCCAGGCUACCACGCCGGCGACCACCAACACGGCUCCUGCUGUCGUCCAGACCUCUGAUGGCCAAGUCCAGGUUACUACCCCGGCCGCCACCACUGCUCCUGCUUCGUUCAAGUCGUCGUCUGCAGCCAAGAACGGUACUGCCGUUCCCUCGGCCAAGACCAGCUCCCCUGGCGGCACCACCACCGGCCCGGUGCCUAUUAGCACGAGCGGCGCUCUCCGUGCCACUGUCAGCCUGGGCUCCUUUGCUGCUCUGGCCAUGUCCAUGGCCGGUGCCUACUUCUUGUUGUAA